UACUUUAUUUACAAUCUGACUGCAUGCUUAGGAAAAUCUCUGGGCAGUGACGUCUGAGGACACACCCGGUGCGCGUGCGUGCGUGUGUGUGUGCGCGUGCAGGCAAAUCAGUGGCACACACACUUCCUGCUUCAGCUUCUUUACACUCACUAGCUUGCCAUAAUGAGUUACCCCGGAUACCCUGGUUACCCGCCUCAGGGUGGUGGUGGUGGUUACCCUCCCCAGCAGCAGCAGGGUGGGUAUCCUGGUUACCCCCCCCAGGCCGGUGGUUUCCCAGCAGGUGGUGGAUAUCCUCCACAGCAGCAGGGUGGAUAUCCAGGUUACCCCCCUCAGGGAGGUGGUGGUUACCCCGGAUACCCUGGAUUCCCUCAGGACCAGUCUGGAGGUUACCCCAACAUGCCCCAAGGUGGAUGGGGAGGUCAGCCUGGGUUUGGAGCUCCUGGAGGAGGGAUGCCACAGGGGUAUCCGGGAGGUCCGCCACCAGGACAGCAACCCAUGCCUACUUACCCUGGAGGUGCUCCUGCCCCAAACCCCUCAUUUCCUGGCAUGCCUGGGUUUGGAGGACCUGGAGCUCCAGCUGGACCUGCAGGACCAGGGGCACCUGUAGCACCUGCUAUUAACCGUGGAUUUCGUGGCACCAUAAAGGACGCCCCUGGUGCUGACCCUCUCCGAGAUGUCGAGGUUCUUCGCAAGGCAAUGAAGGGCUUCGGCACUGAUGAGAACGCCAUCAUCGAGUUACUGGGGAAUCGCUCCAAUAAGCAGCGUGUGCCACUGGUUAAGGCUUACAAGACCACUUAUGGCAAGGAUCUGGUCCAUGAUAUAAAGUCGGAGAUAUCAGGGAACUUUGAGAAUCUGGUGUUGGCCAUGUUGAAGAGCCCGUCUCAGUUCGACGCUUCUGAGCUCCGCGAGGCCAUAUCAGGUGCAGGGACAGAUGAAGCAUGUCUGAUUGAGAUUCUGUCAUCUCGCUCUAACGUUGAGAUUCAGGAGAUUAACCGUAUUUAUAAAGCAGAAUACGGCAAGGCUCUGGAGGACGCCAUUAUCCAUGACACCUCGGGUCACUUCCGCAGGCUGCUGGUUUCUCUCAGCCAGGGGAACCGUGAUGAGAGGGAGAACGUGGACAUCUCUAUGGCCAAGCAGGAUGCUCAGUCACUCUACUCUGCAGGAGAGAAGAAACUUGGGACAGACGAGUCUCAGUUUAAUGCCAUUCUGUGUGCACGCAGCAAACCACACCUUCGACAGGUGUUUCAUGAGUACCAGCAGAUGUGUGGGAAGGACAUUGAGAAGAGUAUCUGCAGUGAGAUGCACGGAGACCUGGAGAAUGGCAUGCUGGCAGUGGUGAAGUGUAUCAAGAACACGCCUGGCUACUUUGCUGAAAGACUCCACAAGGCUAUGAAGGGGGCGGGCACUAAGGAUCGUACUCUGAUCCGUAUCAUGGUGAGUCGCUCUGAGAUCGACAUGUUGGACAUCAGGCAGGAAUAUCUGCGCAGCUAUGGCAAAUCCCUUUACAAUGACAUCUCAGGUGACACAUCUGGUGACUACAAGAAGCUGCUGCUAAAACUGUGUGGUGGAAGUGAUUAAGAAUGCACACACCAACACACACACACACAACACACACCCCAACACACAUACACACCAACACACACACACACCCCAACACACUCCAGCACACACACACAUCAAUACACACACACCAACACACACACUGACACAAUCAUACUCACAUUGGAGCUCCUUCAGCCUGCAGUGUGUGUGUGUGUGUGUGUGUGUUUAUACUGCAUUUAUAUCAGCUUGUAUCCACGUAGUGAGUUAUGCAGGAAGUACAAUCAUUAUGGCCUUGUAGGAUGUGUAUGUGCCUUUAUAAACAUAUAAACUACAUUACAUUUAUACCUGUGUGUGUGUGUGUGUGUGUGUGUGUGUGUGUGUAACUAACAAUCACAAUAAAGUCUGAUGUAGGACUA